AUGGCCAACAAGAAUGGGAAGAUUUGGUUUCUUUGGUUAGGGAACUAUCAAACCAGUGUGGUCGACAAUAAAGAGCAGCAGCUGACCAUCAAGAUGCAAUACACCCCCGCUAAUUGUGAUCUAUUUCUCACAGCAGUAUGUGCCAAAUGUACUGAGAAUGAAAGAAGAGAGCUUUGGAGCAGUUUGGAAGACAUCCACACUCACAUCAAUGGUCCUUGGUGCAUUGGGGGUGACUUCAAUAUAAUAUUAGAUCCAGAUAAAAAUAAAGGGGACAAUCCUUACAGAAUGCACAGAAGUUUUGAGUUCAGUAACUGUAUGGACAAUUGUGAGAUGGUGGAUUUGGGGUUUGUAGGCCCUAGAUUCACGUGGUGCAACAACUGGAGAGCUAGAAAAAGGAUUUGGAAGAGACUCGACAGAGUCUUUGUUAACGACCUAUGGGCCCAACUUUUCCAGAUUAAUAUGGUCAAGUACCUAGCUAGAGCUGGCUCAGAUCAUAGGCCUCUCCUCAUCAAAUGUCAAAAGGAGCCUCAAGCUGGCAUCAAAUACUUCAAAUUCCUAGAUUUCUGGGCCGAGCAACCAUCAUUCAUGAACCUGGUAGAAGAGAUUUGGAGCAUUCAAGUUCCUGGAAACCCCAUGUGGAGGCUACAACAGAAAUUGAAACUUCUUAGUAAGAGUCUCACAAGAUGGUCGAAAGCGAAGAUUGGAAAUGUUUUUGAACAAGUUAACAUAUGGGAAGCAAAAAUGGUAAACCUGGAAGAGAUUGACACUAUUAACAACACAGAUCAAUCCAGAGAAGAGCUCAAUAAAGGCCAAGCAGAAUACAUCAAGUGGCUACGUAUGCAAGAUGCGAUCCUUAGACAGAAAGCUCAGCAGAAAUGGUAUGAAGAAGGGGAUAGCAACACCAAAUACUUUCAUAGUUUUAUUAGAAACAGGAGAUGUAGGCUCCAUCUUCACACGAUCAAGGAUCACAAUGUCUCAUGGGUCCAAGGGGAUGAAAAUAUUUCAAGGGUGGCUGUGCAUCACUUCAAGCAUCUGUUUAACCUUCAACAUCAAUUCAGUAAUCAUGAGGUCCUCAACUGUAUCCCUAAAUAUAUCACUGAGGAAGAUAAUGAUAUGCUCAAUGAUAUACCUAACGAGGAUGAGAUCAGAGAUGCUGUAUUUAGUAUGAAUGCUUCAAGUGCAGCGGGACUGGAUGAAUUUAAUGGCACCUUCUAUCAAAAAUGCUGGAAUAUUAUCAAGUAUGAUAUUGUAGACUUUGUGCAGAACUAUUUCAAUGGAAGGGGCAUGACCAAAUUCUAUAAUCAUACAUGUCUGAUUCUAAUUCCCAAAGUCGACUCCUCAACCAACUUCUCUGAGUUCAGGCCUAUUAGCCUGAGCAACUUCACCGGCAAAAUCAUUUCUAAAAUUCUUUCUAGAAGACUGAACCCUAUGCUUGAGAAAAUAAUUUCCAUUAAUCAAAGUGAUUUCGUCAAGGAUGGGAUGAUUACUGACAAUGUCUAA